AUGGUUGGGACGGUGCAGGCUUUGGUGACAGCCAAUGGGACCAGGGUCCUAAUGGAGGAGCAACCCCGCAUGGGAAGGCCUCUCUUCUCCAUUGAAUUGGCUUGUCUCUUUUGUGGAAUAGAUAGAAGAGGGGAAGAGAGGUGUAAAGAAGUUUGGAAGCCUGAACAUAUACCAGGCUCUUCUCCAAAUCCAGAGGCAAAAACAGAUCCGUCUUUGAUUAUUAAUCCAACAAGUUUGGUUGAGAACCAUGUUUUGAACUUGAAAUUUCCAACGGCAUCAACUCACCAACAAAAGUAUGAAAGAAUUGCAUUAGAUUACGCUACUUCAGUUGGGGUUUCUAGUUGCGUUAUCAUCUGGACUUGCUGCCAUCUCAUCUACAUCACUGGAGUUUUUACCUUAUAUUAUAAUAGGAUUUCUGAUGAAGAUUGUGAAGCAUUGGAGUCUCUACAGAGUGGUUUACAGAAGUGUGUGAGGGCAAAUGGUUUAGUUUCACAAGCUGUGAAUGGUAAAGAUUACUGCCAUGUAACAAUUAAAUUUCAUUGUGAUACUGUUCCCAAAUGGAAAGAUCCUAAAGCUGGGGAACUCCAAGGUUUAUCAAUGAGCUUUAAUCUUUGUGAAGCUCUAGCUACAUGGGAAUGGCGAGUAGUGUUGCACCUGUUUAAAGCGCGAAACAGUACCAUGGUUCUCACGAGGAGUUCAUCAAGGCUUUGCAGAAUGGCUGGGCCUGGGAUGAAUAUGCUUGGCGUAGGAUUAAUAAAGGAGUGCUUCUACUAUAACCACUGUCAGAAUAAGCCUUUAUGCAUGGAGAAGCUAUCACUGGUACUCCCUAAAACAUCACCGUUUUUCCUCCUGCAGUUUGGCUGGUGUGCUGUUAUUGGUAACUGGGGGGAUCUUUUGGAAACAAGAACCAUACAGACUAUGUGGGCAAGAAAAGUACAUUUUGUCUUCUUAAUGGGGAAUCUUCUAAAGCUCUUGAUGAAGUUGUGGAGUUAGAUGAAACAAAUCCCUAUUCAUGACAUCAUGAGCAAGAUGAUAAAGGCACGUAUGUUGUUCUCAUGUAGCUUCUUCUGUAUGAUUGAUUUUUCUUUGCAAACUGGUGCUUCUUGUUGCUGCACAUGUAAACAUUUUUAUAGGUUUGGAAAUCCUUUUUGUGUGUGGAAUGGCUAAAACCUAAACCAUACGUGUUGAAAAAUUAUGCUUUUGAAAUUUUAUGUUUCCAAUAAUCCUUUUU